UGAUAACAUGCUGCUGUUUGCAGCCUCGCCUCCGCUAGCCUCGGUCAUCCUUUUCCCCCGCCGAUAAACGAGCAGACCUAACGCGGAACUCAACCGAGGGCUAUGGAAGUUUCCUAAAAGGCGAGGCUUCCUGUUCCCCUCCAUGCUGUCCCCAAGAGACCCGCCGGUCUUGACUCGACUUCACCGACCAUCGCGCUGGCUUCUCGGGAAUCAUGAAAACGUGGUUGCAGGAGCCCGUCCUCGGUUUGUUCCUGUGGGGGCUCGCGUUCACUCUACCGCGGCCCCUCGGGGCAGGGACGCCCAUGAACAGCAGCCCGGAUGCGGGGACGACCUCGGUUUACUCUCCGAGCGGCACAGAUGAAGCGAGUAACGCGGAGUACCGGUUCACUUCCACUUCACCCAACGGUGAGAGUUCAAGCCCAUCCCAAGAGGACCUGCUGCUCGUACAAUCUGCGGACACUGAGCAAACCCAAACCCUAAGAGAAACAAGUACCAGGGUGCUGGAGACUAUUCGUGGGUCCACUGAGCCAUUCACCUCCACCCUAGUUGGCACGUCCUCUGAGGCCAGCAGCAGCAGCAGCAGCAGCAGCCGAGACUGGAGGGAUGCCUUACGAACCCAAAACCUUCCAUACGCCUCUGCUGGUGCGUCCAACACAGCGAUGUUGUCCUGGAUGUCGACAGAGGACUCGAGCCUGUUCGGGAGCAGCCCGGAUUCCCAUCUAAGAGACACUGUGCCUUACCCUUCGCAGACCCAAGUCCUCACAGACAGCAUCUUCACCUCGACCACUAUCAGCCGGGCUGGAGAGCGGACUCUGCUGUCUGUCACCUCCUCUUCCUCCAACAACAUUACCUCCUCGUCCUCAAUAUUUACAGAGGGCUCCAGCUCUCAUCAACCGCCCUCGACUUGGAGUAUUCCAUUAACCGGACAAGCGGAGACCGAGGACUACACCCACAGUGCACCUUCUACCAGGAGGGAAGAAACCAGCGAUCACUCACUCACUCAGUCGUCAUUUCCCAAGACUUCCAAAGGAACCCAAACCCUUGUUGGACCUUCCAAUGCCACUGAGCAUCAACAAAUGUUAACCUCAGAGGCCACAUCACACUCAACACCCAGGAUGUCCAGCACCCACCAAUUCGAUGAAUCCUCCCCAUCUACACCUCCGGUUGUACCACCUGUUAGGAGCCCCACCCGCAUGUCCUACCAGGAGUCCAGCGUGGAACCCUCCACUGAAUCUUCUACCAGAACCACCAGCCUCAGCACACAAAGCCUCAGCCACAGCACAGAGGAGAGAUCAUCCAAGAGUGAGGAGGAAAGUGUGGGCUUUAUUUUCACCACAGCUCCCCCACUGAUGAGUAGCACGACUAACCUGUAUGAUGCCCGCAAGGAAUCAACUGAGGUCUUCAUUACCGCCACAACAGGCACUAUUACUGAAAGAUCUGAAAUAACAGAGGAGGAUACAAGUACAUCAACUGUGCCUACGAGUAGCCCUCUGCUGCUAACCACCUCAUCUUCCAGGCUCAGUACCACAACCAUUGUCUCCACUCCAGAGACUCCCACACAGACAAUCAUCCCUUCCUUACCCUGCACAACUCGUGCUCCCACCCUGGCUCAGCAAAGCUCUGCAGCCCCUGCUGCUCCCGUCUCCAACACCAGCCGAGCCCCCUCAACACCAACCGGGAUCGCCAACCCUACAGUCAUCUCCACCUCAAGGGUUGAAACGAGCACAAGGACUCAGGGUGUCACCAUGCAGACUCAAAGUCGAAAUACUGCCCCUCCUUCCACCCACAGCAGCCCAAAAAGGAGCACAGAGGCUCUGUACACCACUCACAAACAAACAGACAGAGUAACCACAGAGGGAGUGACCACAACAACACCCAUUCAUGUCCUAUCCACUAAGGCAGCUCCAACAACGGCAGACCUUUGUGCGUCAAAGCGAUGUAUGAACGGAGGAACAUGCAUAACUUAUGAGCGGCGUCAGGUCACCUGCCGGUGUCAACAGGCCUGGACGGGGCCAACUUGCAACCAGGAUAUAAAUGAGUGUGAGAAGGACCCCUGUCCUGUUGGCUCCAGAUGUGUAAACACAAGGGGUUCCUUCACUUGUGAGUGUCCACUGGGCUUUGACCUUGAGGAUGGCCGCAUGUGCACCAAAGUAAAGACGUUUUUGGGAACAUUCAGUGUGAACAGAGUUUCACAUGACCCUAACAUCUUCAGCAGUGCCACCCUGCAUGAGAUCCAGAGGGAGAUCAUUCAGCUACUAAACACCUCCUUGUCCCACCUCAGAGGUUACAGCCACUCCACUCUCAGGAAGAAAGAACAGGAUGGCGUUCAUAUAUCGGCCAUCAACAUGUUCUCCAGCUCCUCCCAUGUGACCAGUGCUGAGGUCUACAACAGUGUCCAGAACUCCCUGAAAAAUUGCACCUCUUCACAGUCUCACUGCCAUGUGAUGCUUCACUACCAACUCACUUAUCACGUGGAAAGUCUCUGUGUGGCCCAGAAGGUUCUGUGCAACCCUGAACGUUCCACCUGCUCCGAUGUCAGCGGCACUGCCCAAUGCAAAUGUCUACCAGGUUAUUACAAACAUAACCUUGAUGACCUGUCCUGCUUAGAAUGUGGGGAUGGCUACAAGCUGGAUAAUGGCACCUGUGUUCCGUGCACGUUUGGAUUUGGAGGGUUCAAUUGUGGAAAUUUUUACAAGCUAAUCGCGGUUGUUGUGUCGCCUGCGGGGGGCGCCCUGCUCCUUAUCCUCAUCAUUGCUCUUAUCGUCACUUGCUGCAAGCGGGAUAAGAAUGAUCUGAACAAGAUCAUCUUCAAGAGUGGCGACCUGCACAUGUCUCCUUACGCCGACUUUUCCAAAAGCAACCGCAUCUCCAUGGAGUGGGGCCGGGAGACCAUCGAAAUGCAAGAGAACGGCAGCACCAAGAACUUGCUGCAGAUGACUGACAUUUAUUAUUCUCCCGCCUUGCGAAACUCUGAUCUGGAGAGAAAUGGCUUGUACCCGUUCUCAGGUCUCCCAGGGUCUCGCCACUCAUGUAUCUAUCCGGCCCAGUGGAACCCAUCCUUCUUAAGUGACGAUUCACGUCGCAGAGACUACUUCUAACCUGGAACGCAAACACGCACACAUUGUCACAAACAAUCGUCACUAAUAAUAGGUGACAUUCAGCAGGCGAGAAUCAUGUUAUGAUAUGUGACUUAAUACAGAGCUGAACAAAGUGUUGGCACAUUCUCAAAUUAUUAUUAUUAAAGUGUUGGCCUCACAGUUCUGAGGACCUGGGUUCAAUCCCAGCCCUCCCUGUGUGGAGUUUGCAUGUCCUCCCCGUGCCUGCGUGGGUUUUCUCUGGGCACUCCGGUUUCCUCCUUCAUCCAAAAAACAUGCAUUAAUUAGAGACUCUUAAGUUGUUCUUAGGUGGGAUUGUGAGUGUAAAUGGUUGUUUCAAGGUGCCCUGCGAUUGGCUGGCAACCAGUUCAGACUGUACCCUGCCUCCUUCCUGAUGGCAGGAGGUGACAACUGGUCACAACUGGUUGGGUGAUUCUCAUAACCAAUAACUAAAAUCAACCGUUUUCUCUAACUGGCAGAGCGUUUUUCCACAUCCUCUUGAGAGAUAUUUUGGCCCACUCUUCCCUUCACAAUUGUUUUAAUUACGCAAUGAAUGAUGAUUUUUUUUUUAAAUCCUGAACGACAUUUUUUAAGGUCAUGCCAAAGGAUUUACAUUUAAUACCAAUUCUCAUUUUGACAAAGCCCCUCCAAAACUGUCAUGUUUUUUUUUUUAGCAUAGUCAUUCAGUUUUUAUUUGUCCUCCUGCAGAACUGAAGUGUGCUUCACAGUCACAAACUGAUGGCUGAACAUUCU